GGCGGCCGAGCCCGGCGAGACAGCGGCGGAAAGUGCCACGACUCCACACGGCCGCGGCGGCGAGGAGGGACCGCGACCCGGCACGGGCACAGAAGAGUGAGGCAGGAUGGAUGUGUACGACCCUCAGACGCUGGGUGUUAUGGUCUUUGGAGGCUUCAUGGUGAUCUCAGCCAUCGGGAUCUUCCUGGUGUCCACCUUCUCCAUGAAGGAGACGUCUUACGAGGAAGCCUUGGCCAAGCAACGCAAGGAGCUUGAGAAGACCCAGCAGCAGAAAUUGGAGAAAAAGAAGAAAGAGAAACCGGUUGAGAAGAAAGGGAAAGCGAAGAAAAAGGAAGAGAAACCGAAUGGAAAGAUCCCAGAGCAGCAGCUUACUCAGGAAGUGACAGACCCUCCCAAGGAGGUGGCUCCUGAGCCUGCUGUGGUGCCCGAGCCUGUGGCAGUUGAGACUCCAAUUGCAGCGGUGGCAGUUGUCCCCCAGGAAAAGGAGAAACCCAUUCCGUCACCUAAGGAGAAGAGGAAGAAGGAGAAGAAGGUGGCAAAGGUAGAGCCAGCUCCUAGCCCGGUGUUGGCUCCACCCCCUGUCAGCGUGCCCAAAAGUUCUCCCGUCCGGGAGGUGGCUCCUAAGGAGGUGCCCGUUGUGGCAGUGCCCCCAGUUGGCACUCAGCAAAGCGCUCCGGUCAUCAGCUCUGUCACUGUCAAGAAAAGCGAGGCUCUCCAAGCCCAGGAGGACCAGAAGCAUGAUGGACCUGCCAAGAAGAAGGCUGCAUCCAAGAAGAAGAGCGAGCCAGCACCUACAGAUUCGGAUGGGGCCCUGUACCUGCCCUACAAGACACUGGUGUCCACAGUCAGCAGCAUGGUGUUCAGUGAGGGGGAGGCCCAGCAGCUCAUCGAGAUCCUGACGGAGAAAGCAGGAAUCAUCCAGGACACCUGGCACACGGCCACGCAGAAGGGUGACCCGGUUGCUGUCCUGAAACGCCAGCUGGAGGAGAAGGAGAAGCAGCUCUCUGCUGAGCAGGAGGAUGCAGCUGCUGCCAGGAACAAACUGCGGGAGCUGAGCAAGGAGCUGGCAGCCGAGCGGGCCAAGGCGGUGGCCGUGGAGGGCAAGCUGAAGGAGCAGCUGCUGGCCCGCGAGCGGGAGAUCGUGGCGGUGCAGGCGCGGAUGCAGGCCAGCUACCAGGACCAUGUCAGCGAGACCCAGCAGCUCCAGGGCAAGAUCCGGACCCUGCAGGAACAGCUGGAGAACGGCCCCAACACGCAGCUGGCUCGCCUGCAGCAGGAGAACUCCAUCCUGAGGGAUGCCCUCAACCAGGCCACCAGCCAGAUGGAAAGCAAGCAAAAUGCUGAGCUGGCCAAGUUGAGGCAGGAGUGCAGCAAGCUGAUGAAAGAGCUGUCUGAGAAGUCAGAGGUGCUGCAGCAAGAGGAGCAGCAGAGGAAGAGCUGGGAGAUCAAAGCGACGGCCUCGGAGAAGCGAAUCGAGCAGCUGCAGGCUUACCAACGGGAGGCAGAGGUGAUGCUGCAGAAGAGGCUGGAUGAGGUCAGCGACGAGCUCCGCAAAACCCAGAGCAGCUACAAGAGCCUGUUGGCAGAUGCAGAAAAGACCAAAGGGCAGCAGCAGAGCAUUGCUGAGCUGCAGGCCAAGCUGCUGAGCUCCGAGGCAGAGGUUAAAAGUAAGCUGCUGGAGUUGGACAGUGUGAAAGGGAAACUGCAGGAUGCCAGCUCGGAGAAUGCAAAGCUUCUGGAGAGGAUCAAGUCCAUCGAAGCUCUGCUGGAGGCGGGCCAGAUGCGGGAGGCAGAAAAAGACAGAGACCUGCAGGCAGCCAAUGAAGCAGAAAUGAAGCAGCUGCAGUCAAGACUCCAGGAGAAGACAAACCAGCUCUCAGCCUUGGAAAGGGAAGCCACACAGCUGCGGGAGGCAGUGGAGCAACAGAAGGUGAAAAACAACGACCUUCGGGAAAAGAACUGGAAGGCGAUGGAAGCGCUGACCACGGUGGAGAAGGCGUGUGAGGAAAAACUGCUUGCUGCUACGAAAGCAAAGGAAGAGCUGGCCCAACAGCUGGACGCGCUCCAGACACAAACCAAGCAGACGCUGCUCUCCGCCCUCCCGGGAGUCACCGUGUCCUCACAGCAGGAUUAUGACACGUGGCUACAGGAGUUUAAGGAGAAGACCGUGGGUGUGCUAAAGCAGCAGAUGGUCACAACAGAGCCACCAGAUUCAGCUCUUAAAUUAAAAGAGGCAGAGGAAGCGCAAAGCACUUUACAGGCAGAGUGUGAGCAGUACAGAACGAUCCUCGCAGAGACCGAGGGGAUGCUGCGAAACCUGCAGAAGAGCGUGGAGGAGGAGGAGCAGGUGUGGAAGGCAAAGCUCACAGCCUCUGAGGAGGAGCUCCAAAAGUCACACCUGCAGCUGAAAUCCCUGGAAGGCAUGGUGGAGAAGUUGAAAGCAGAUGUGCAGAGCACAGAUCAGCUAAAGGAAUACACCUCUCUUCUGGAAACACAACUGGAAAAUCACUUGGAGACAGCCAGCUCCGAGCGCCAGAACUACACAAAAGAAGUUGAAGCUUUGAGGCAGCUCUUGUCAGAGUCCCAGGAGCAGCUGGAGGCAGCAAAGACUGAAACGCAGAAGCAGAGCAAGGAGCUGGCCCUGUUGAAAACCCAGCUGGAGCAGAACGAAACGCUGGCGGAGAAGGAGCAAAUGCUGCGGCAAAAGCUGGCACGGGAGCUGGAGGAGGCCCAGAGCUUGGCAUGCAGCUUGCAGGCAGAGCUGGAAAAGCUGAGACUGGCUGAACAUGCAGCAGCUUCAGACAAGGAGGAGGCCCAGCAUCUCAAGGAAAGACUUGAAAAAGAAAAAAAAUUAACAAAGGACCUGGGCCAGGCAGCAACCAAACUACAGGAGCUACUGAAGGUUUCCCAGGACCAACUGGCCAAAGAGAGAGAAAUGGUGAAGAAGUUGAAAGAACAGCUUCAGGAAAUGGUACUGGUGGUGGCCAUGUCCCUCCCCUUGAUGCUGGUGGAGGUCCUGGGGCAGUGUGCAGCAGGCAGGGGUUUAAUAGUGGAGGCAAGGUGGUCCUUGCUGCCAGAAACCAUUUGGGUUGCUUUUGGGAAAUGCUAAGACCACACGAGAUGGUGGGCAAGGUCCUCCCUGCCCCACAGGCAGGACCUGGCCCAUCUGUGACAUGCUUUGGGCCUUGUGCUGCCAUGGGAAUAAGG